AUGCCAUCCCAAAUCCAGCCAGGUCGGCCUGGCAACCUGACCGCGGACCAAGAAGCCAAACUCCGCGAGCUCUGGGCCCUGACCCUCAAAGUCUUCGGCGUAACCGGUGAACGCACCUCUCUCGACACUCCCAAUGGCGCCGCCACGCCCACCCCAGCCUCUAGCGAAAGCGCCUCCCUGAGCACCCCCGACAAGAAGAAGAAAGGCCGCCUCUCCCUUUUCAGCAAAAAGCAUAAAGACGACGCCGACAGCGGCUCCACCGCCUCCUCUGGCGCGGCAACCCCAACCGACCUCUCCGCCCUCACCGACGAAGACGACAAGCACGGCCAAACGAAAGCCUACCGCGAAGCGCUCGCCAAGUCCAGCCCGGAAGAACUCCGCAACGCCUUCUGGAGCAUGACGAAGCACGACCACCCCGACGGGCUUUUACUACGCUUCCUGCGCGCCCGCAAGUGGGACGUCGGCGCUGCGCUCGUGAUGCUGAUCUCCACGAUGCACUGGCGCGCGACUGAGAUGCAUGUCGAUAGCGACAUCAUGGCCAAGGGCGAGAUGGGCAUGAUGGACGAGACGAGGAGCGCGAGUGCGGCGGAGAGGAAGGAGGGGGAGGACUUUAUAAGUCAGAUGAGGAUGGGGAAGAGCUUUUUGCAUGGGGUUGAUCGGGAGGGACGGCCCAUGUGCUUUGUUAGGGUGAGGUUGCAUAGGCAGGGCGAGCAGAGCGAGGCGAGCUUGGAGAGGUUCACGGUUUAUACGAUUGAGACGGCGAGGAUGCUGUUGAGGCCGCCGGUCGAUACUGCGACAAUCGUCUUCGACAUGACAAAUUUCAGCAUGUCAAACAUGGACUACACGCCCGUAAAAUUCAUGAUCAAGUGCUUCGAAGCAAACUACCCGGAAUCCCUCGGCGCAGUCCUCGUCCACAAGUCCCCCUGGAUUUUCCAGGGCAUUUGGAACAUCAUCCGCGGCUGGCUCGACCCCGUCGUCGCCGGAAAAGUCCACUUCACCAAGAACGUCGAGGAGCUCGAGACCUACGUCCCCCGCAACCAGAUCCCUAAGGAGCUCGGCGGCGACGAGAACUGGGAGUACCGGUAUGUGGAGCCGCAGCCGGGCGAGAAUGAUGCGAUGAAGGAUGCGGCAACUAGGCAGCGGCUGGUGGAGGAGAGGGAGGGGCUGGUGAGACGUUAUGAGGAAUUGCUGACGGAUUGGAUAGGGGGUGGAGGUGAGGCGGCGGGGAGGAGUGAGGAGAGGAAUAAGAUCGCGGAGGAGCUGCGGAAGAACUACUGGAACUUGGAUCCGUAUGUCAGGGCUAGGUCGUUGUAUGAUCGCACGGGCGUCAUACAGAAGGGUGGCGCGCUGCAGUUCUAUCCGCCGCCGAGAGAGGAGGUCGUCACGAGUAGUGAUGAUCUGGAUUGA